CUGUCGUGGUGGCCGCGCUGCGCCUCCCUGCACUUCCCGAGUGGGGGCAGAGCAUUAGCAGGCGGGAGUCGUCAGUGGCUAGGCGCAGUGGACGAGGGACCUUCAAACUCCUCCUCGGAGACUCCUCUCCACCCCCUUUGGCCCCUGCCCUUGGAGAAAGUGGAGUGUGGAGCUCAAGCUGCUGUUAUUUCUCAGGACUGCCUGGCGGUGGCCGGAUCUAGCCUCCUGCCCAGCCGGGCUCUCUGCUGUUUGCGCGUCUCCUGGUGGCAUUCCCCUUCCCAGUACACCUCUGCCGAGGAUGAGGAAAGGUCUGAGGGCGACAGCAGCCCGCUGCGGACUGGGACUAGGAUACUUGCUACAGAUGCUUGUGUUACCUGCCCUGGCCCUGCUAAGCGCCAGUGGCACCGGUUCCGCCGCUCAAGAUGAUGACUUUUUUCAUGAACUCCCAGAAACCUUUCCAUCUGACCCGCCUGAGCCAUUGCCACACUUCCUCAUUGAGCCCGAGGAAGCUUACAUUGUGAAGAACAAGCCUGUGAACCUGUAUUGUAAAGCCAGCCCUGCCACCCAGAUCUACUUCAAGUGCAACAGUGAGUGGGUUCAUCAGAAGGAUCACGUGGUAGACGAGAGAGUAGAUGAAACCUCCGGUCUAAUUGUGAGAGAAGUGAGCAUUGAGAUUUCACGCCAGCAGGUGGAGGAACUGUUUGGGCCUGAAGAUUACUGGUGCCAGUGUGUAGCCUGGAGCUCAGCAGGCACUACGAAGAGUCGGAAGGCAUACGUGCGCAUUGCGUAUCUGCGGAAGACAUUCGAGCAGGAACCCUUGGGAAAGGAAGUGUCCUUGGAGCAGGAAGUCUUACUCCAGUGUCGGCCACCUGAAGGGAUCCCAGUGGCUGAGGUGGAGUGGCUAAAGAAUGAAGACAUAAUUGAUCCUGCUGAAGAUCGCAACUUUUAUAUUACUAUUGAUCACAACCUGAUCAUCAAGCAGGCCCGACUCUCAGAUACAGCAAAUUAUACCUGUGUUGCCAAAAAUAUUGUUGCCAAGAGGAAAAGCACCACAGCCACUGUCAUCGUGUAUGUUAAUGGUGGCUGGUCCACCUGGACAGAGUGGUCUGUGUGUAACAGCCGCUGUGGGCGAGGAUAUCAGAAACGCACAAGAACCUGCACCAACCCAGCCCCACUCAAUGGCGGGGCCUUCUGUGAGGGGCAGAGUGUACAGAAAAUAGCAUGCACUACGUUAUGUCCAGUGGAUGGUAGGUGGACUUCGUGGAGCAAAUGGUCAACCUGUGGGACUGAAUGCACCCACUGGCGCAGGAGGGAGUGUACAGCACCAGCCCCCAAGAACGGGGGUAAGGACUGUGAUGGCCUGGUCCUCCAAUCCAAGAACUGCACUGAUGGGCUGUGCAUGCAGGGAUUCAUUUACCCCAUUUCAACUGAGCACAGACCCCAGAAUGAAUAUGGAUUUUCUUCUGCUCCCGACUCAGAUGAUGUGGCUCUCUAUGUGGGGAUUGUGAUCGCUGUAACUGUCUGUCUGGCGAUCACUGUUGUGGUGGCCCUGUUUGUGUAUCGCAAGAACCACCGUGACUUUGAGUCUGACAUCAUUGACUCCUCGGCACUCAAUGGCGGCUUUCAGCCUGUGAACAUCAAGGCUGCCAGACAAGAUCUCCUGGCUGUCCCCCCUGACCUCACCUCAGCUGCAGCCAUGUAUAGGGGACCUGUCUAUGCUCUGCAUGAUGUCUCAGACAAAAUCCCAAUGACCAAUUCUCCCAUUCUGGAUCCACUGCCCAACUUGAAAAUCAAAGUGUACAACAGCUCAGGUGCUGUCACUCCCCAGGAUGACCUCGCCGAGUUCUCAUCCAAGCUGUCACCCCAGAUGACCCAGUCCUUGCUAGAGAAUGAGGCCCUUAACCUGAAGAACCAGAGCCUCGCAAGACAGACUGACCCAUCCUGCACAGCAUUUGGUACCUUCAACUCCCUUGGGGGUCACCUCAUCAUCCCUAAUUCAGGAGUAAGCUUGCUGAUUCCCGCUGGGGCUGUCCCUCAGGGGAGAGUCUACGAAAUGUAUGUGACUGUACACAGGAAAGAAAAUAUGAGGCCCCCCACGGAAGACUCUCAGACCCUACUUACCCCUGUGGUGAGCUGUGGGCCUCCUGGAGCUCUGCUGACCCGCCCUGUCAUCCUCACUCUGCAUCACUGUGCAGACCCCAGCACCGAGGACUGGAAGAUCCAGCUCAAAAACCAGGCAGUGCAAGGACAAUGGGAGGAUGUUGUGGUGGUUGGGGAGGAGAACUUCACAACCCCCUGUUACAUUCAGCUGGAUGCAGAGGCUUGCCAUAUCCUCACAGAGAACCUCAGCACCUAUGCCCUGGUUGGGCAGUCCACCACCAAAGCAGCUGCCAAGCGUCUGAAACUGGCCAUCUUUGGUCCCCUCUGCUGCUCUUCCCUGGAGUACAGCAUCAGAGUCUACUGCCUGGAUGACACACAGGAUGCCCUGAAGGAAGUUCUACAACUGGAGAGGCAAAUGGGAGGACAGCUCCUGGAAGAACCCAAGGCUCUUCAUUUUAAAGGCAGCAUCCACAACCUGCGCCUGUCUAUUCAUGACAUCGCCCAUUCCCUCUGGAAGAGCAAAUUGCUGGCUAAGUAUCAGGAAAUUCCAUUUUACCACAUCUGGAGUGGCUCUCAAAGAAACCUCCACUGCACCUUCACUCUGGAAAGACUCAGCCUAAACACAGUGGAGCUGGUUUGCAAACUCUGUGUACGGCAGGUUGAAGGAGAAGGGCAGAUCUUCCAGCUCAACUGUACUGUGUCAGAGGAACCUACUGGCAUCGAGUUGCCUCUCCUGGAUGCUGCUAGCACCAUCACCACUGUCACUGGACCAAGUGCUUUCAGUAUUCCUCUCCCUAUCCGGCAGAAGCUAUGCAGCAGCCUGGAUGCUCCUCAAACAAGAGGCCAUGACUGGAGGAUGCUGGCCCAUAAACUCAACCUGGACAGGUACUUGAAUUACUUUGCCACCAAAUCGAGCCCAACUGGCGUAAUCCUGGAUCUUUGGGAAGCACAGAACUUCCCAGAUGGAAACCUAAGCAUGUUGGCAGCCGUCCUGGAAGAAAUGGGAAGACAUGAGACAGUGGUGUCCUUGGCAGCAGAGGGACAGUAUUGACCACACUGGAACUGAUGCUUAAGGACACAAUUACACAGGGAGUCUGUGUUCAGGGGAACCACAUCUGAGGAGGAAAUCCAGAUAGGACCAAGGCGCUCUACAGGCAAGAUGGCAACAGGAAACGUGGGGACAGAUAUAACCACCAAGGUACACGCCCACUUCAUUCGGACAGCACCACCACAGGAAUUAAGAAAAAUUGUAUAAAUUUGUACCUUGAAUUUAAGAAUCAAUCUAAUUUUCUCUUCGUUGGGCUGUAUGCUGUAUGGUACAGGAUCUUACAGUUUCCUAGGAAACGCUUUUUAUUGCUAUCCAGAUGUAUGGAUAAACUUUCUUAACAAACCCAGUUUCUACAAAUGUUGUUUACAUCAAAUUGGACAGGGAUGCAGACACUGUCCAUGGCUCGUUCUAUUUUUGUUCAGAUCAUUUGAAGUUGAAGCUGUGGACGGUUUAUUGUGUCUAUUUCAGAUUAGUAAUUUACAGAGAAAUCACAGACUUUUGCUAAAAAUCGUGAACAUCAAGUGUCUCAGAUAAUCUUCCCAUCAGUGUUCUGUUUCUGAAACUUGUUGGACCAGUAUUGGCAUUGGUAUCAGGGAAGUAGAGAAUCUAAAUGUAAAGGAGAAAUUGCUAAAAUUCCUUAUGUCCUGGGGGAACCUGUUGGUAUCCUUUGGGAACAGAGCUCUAGCAUUACAGGGGAGGUAGCGAUUCAUGUUCCUCCACACAAACAUUUCUGUACCACAUGUGCUUGUAAUAAGCAAUUUCAAGUGUUUUUUAAAAAAAUAUUAUUAUUAUUGAUGGUUAUUACAAAUAUUCUAGUAAAAAGAUUUUCCUUUUGUUUUAGUUAGCAAUACUGUUAGUGUUUGGUGUUGACUAGACCUGCCUCCCUUUCUUGCCUAAAGAGGUAGGCGUGGUCACCAGUUUAGUUCAAUAGCUUUUGCUUCCUUGACCUUUGGUCUACCAUUCUGUGGUGGAAAAGACAGAAAUGCUCAAUGGCUAUGUCUGCUCUUUCAGCUUGCCUGGGCAGAGUCUUUCUGUUCUUGCUCUUAUCAUGAGGAGAGUUCUCUAUGUAAAGUUCAUUUACUCUUGUGGCUAUCUGGGAGGCAGUGUGGUUGUGGGAACAGUGUCUGAACUAGGAAUCAGGAAACCAGUUAUCCUUGUGGAGUUGGUCCUCAUCUGGCUGUGCGACUUUGGGGAGAGCAUUGAAACUCACUGGAGUUCAUUGUCCUUCUUUGUAAACUACGGGGUGAGACCAGAUCAUCUCAAGGUUCCAGAAUGCUGAUCUCCCAUUAGGAUGUCAUCAGACUUUUAUAUGUUGCAGGCAGGAUUGACUUGAACAGGGAUUACUUCAACAUGCAUUUAUUUGUUUGUCUUUAUCUUUGUGUCAUUAUUGCAUGAUGUUGUUCACUGAGAGAUGGCAUCCUUUUCUUACCAUUUUCUUGACCUUGGUGGGGUCCUAUCCUCUACCUUCCAACUAAUUAUAAAUUCUACUUUACUCAUUUAUUGAUCUCAAGAUCUCAAGACCAUUUCUACAAAAAGCCCAUGCAGCUGAAUGAAUUGGUAACAUUUUUCUUUCUUUAUUACUCUUUGCUUUAAUGAUAUUCAGUUGAAUUUACGUAGAAUAGGUCUUUAAUCCUAUAAAAUGUUAGUUGUGCACACUAUGUGUUCUCCUUGGGACCAUCCUGGUUUUUGUUUGGUUGGUUGGUUGGUUUUGUUUUUGACAUAGGCACUCCAUUCAGCAGAUAGUGAAUGAAAACUUAGCAGCCCCACUGACACAGGUAAAUAGAAAACACCUAUGUCCUUAAGUCAGAACUUUCAAAAUGUGGCUGUGGUGUACUUUGGGGCUGGAAGUAUCCACUGGGAAUCAUUUUGCCUAAUACCCUCCGAUUCUGUUACUUCCUGAUACUCUCUAACUCUUCUAUCCUGGUCAUUAAAGAACUGUGGAUACAGUUGUGGAGAUUCUUCCUUCAUGCUGUUUUUCUUCUCUUUCAGAGAUGUAUUCUACAAUCUCUUUCUCUAACCAUAUUCAUAUGUAAAAAUCCUGGUCCCACUGACAGUGGAAGGGGAAUUCUAUACUCCUAAGCAGUUCGUUGGCUGAUGUCUAUAAUCAUGAGUUUGUUCGAACUUUUAAGAGUUUUAUUGAUAUUCUUAAAAAGCAAGAGGAAGAAAGACUUAUACUUUGCUGCCUCUUGAAACAAGUGUGAAGGUUCCUCUUCACUACUUGGAUUUUGGACCCAUCAAAGAAAUCCAAACUGAGCGAUCUGGACUGGAUGUUCUAUGUAACUUCAAUGCUUUGUGCUAAGUCAAGAGGAACAAAUAUGUUGCUAUUCUGGUUAAUUUAUCCUACAAACUGUUAAGUAACCAACACAGGAAUACUGAAUGUAACCAGAGCAACAUUAUUGAAUCUUUUGAGGGUCCUCGUGUUCAAGCAUCUAGAGAUACAUACUUUUUUAUUCGGACUCUCACGACAGGAAAAGGAAAAAUGACUGAUCUCUUAUAAAGGAAUCAUUUGUCAUAAAACCACUUUCUAUCAUGUGAAUGACAGUUUCCAAACUAAGACAUACCAUAUAUCAAAUAAUUUUCACUAAGCAAUCUGCUCUUUCUCCUUUGGAAGAAAAUGAUAGUUGUUAGAUGGCUGCUUUCCAACACACGUUUCACCUGCUACAGUUCAUCUUAGAGGGAGCUUCAUCAUCACACCUGUGGCAUGGCUGACUUCUACAGAGCUUCUGAGGAGUGCCUUGCUCCCUGUGGGUGGCUAAAAAAAAAAAAAAUUAUUUGUGUAUGGUGCCAUCUAGUGGCCUGCCACAUAGUCAUUCAAUGUCAUAAACAGCUUACAAAAAAUUGACAGAGUUUAAGUACCUGUGGAGUUUGACAAGACAUUUGUGACAAACAGAUGUGGUGAAAGUUACCUACAUGUGUAAUUCUCUUAUUCUCAUAUUCUUCAGUUAAAUUAUCCAUUUUACAAUUUUCUUGGUUUAGCACAUAAUCAACUUACUCAUACACAAGUUUCUUUCUUGUGAUAGACAUAUAUGGAAUCUGUAUUUUAAAAAAGUCUCUGAAAAUUGUCAUUGGGCUUUGAAUAUUUGAAACCUUUUAAUUCCAAAGCACUAACUUUUAGAAACAUAAACUGUAUUCACAAAGAAGGAAGACUCUCUGCCCAACAGCUGCACACACACAUACAGACAUGGCAUCCCCUUGGGGGUUUUGUUAUUUGAUUUUACACACACACACACACACACACACACACACACACACACACACACACAUUCUUGCUAGGUAUCCCAGACCAUCCUCAAAUCUAUGACCCUAUUUCCACAGCCUCUCAAGUGGUGAGAGUUUAACUAUGUACCACUAUACCUGCUUAAUCCACUCUACAUUUGCAAAUGAGAAUCCUGUCUCUAUGGACAUGGAAGUUGUGGCUGUUAAUCAAGAUGCAUGAUCUUCAGAUGAAGUAGACCUUCUGAGAUUAGGAAUCUAAAGCUUCAUGUUCUCUUCUUAUUGGCAUUAAUUCAAAUUGGCUGGGGUAUAAGCAUGGGUCAAGAAAGUCACAGCCAAGCAUUUUCAAAGCAGACACCUUGUCUCUGCUAUACAAAGAAUUCCAUCCUGAACUGAGAAAAUUAAUCUCUUCUGGGAAAGGAUAAUUUGAGGAAUAAGAGGUCCAAGAUCAAAGUAUAUCAUAUAGUUAUUUUCAUAUAUGCUAUGAUUCUACAGAUUUUAAUUAUUCCACUAUCAAAGAGUAAGGACAUUCUUUAGGGAAAAGUUGCAAUGACUAUAUUUAGGUUCCUCUAGAAAAUUGGUAUUAAAACUAGGUUUUAAAGACAUUUCUCCUAAAAGUGAUUGAAAGGGAAACACUCAGAGAGUAGGAUUUAGACAGCUCACAUCUGGAAAGGGGUAUAGAUGGUUGCCUACAUCUGUGUGUGUCUCUGAUGAGGACCUGGCACCUGUGAUCCUGGGUCAUUCACACACACCUCCAUGGCCACAGGACAAAAAGAGCUUAUGAGGAUGAUGUUCUGUCCCAGAAUCCAUACACAUCCCUACAGUCUGUGCUCUGGAGCUAAUCAAUGUAGAAGGAUAGUGGAGAAUGUUAGAGAAAAAGUAGAAAAGAUUUUCUUAUUCCCCAGUCUUCAAGAUGAAUAUGAAUUUGAGCUGAGUAAUUGCUCUGGAAAUGUAAUCUAUUCAUAGAUAUAUUCUGGUGUUAAGUCCAAGGCCAAUGAUGGCAAAGGAGGAUUACAGAAACACAGUGUUGGUGGAAUUAGGCUCGAGACGCCUAUUCUGAGCAGCUUUGUAAAUCAGAACAUCAUUGUUCAAAUCAGUCAUUUGUAAAGAUGAUAAUGGCCAAUGAGCAUCUUAUUUUAUAGAUCCAAAAGAAAAAUAUUUUUAUUAUUAUUCUCAAGAUAAUAAAACUGGUUUUGCCUUCUGAGUGCCUCGUGGGACCAACUAUCUUAUUCCUUUAGUUUUGUAUUGUUUUUAUAUUUUUAAAGCAUACUGAGCUGACAUUGACUGAAAACCUUAUAACUCUCUGUCUGUACAACAAAAUACUGUUUCUCUACCCCCAAGAGAUCCGAUUGUGUCACCUCUGCUCACACUGACCACUUUGACAGUCGCCUGACAAUUUUUUGAUGGGAUUGGGACUAUGAGGAAUACACUUCUUAUAACCAAUACUAAUUUAUGAUCAUAUAGGCUAAAUAAGCCAUAUGAAGUCAUACCUGUUUCCAAAAAGCUAACACUUAAGCUCAUUGGCUUAAUGAGUAGAGAUGGCCUGCAUGUACCAGGCUGGAAUAUCUCUUCAAAGUAACAGUGUAGUUGUGGACCCUUUAGUUCUUUUGGCCAAAUGGUUGACCCUUUUUCUGAAAAAUUACCUCAACGGUCUUCAGAAAAUCCAGUGGGCUUGCCUGCUUCAUUUAUUGCUCUGUGGAGGGAUAUUACCAGGCUUAUUCAACCAAAGGUGUUUUCAGAGGCCUAUUUAAUUGUGGCUGAGGUAUCCUCAGGACCAAUACACUCAAUAAGUAUACUAGCAGGCAAAGCCAAAGAGAUGUAAGAGGCAACCUGCAGUAUACUAAACAGGAAUCUAUCCCAAGAGUACCAGAAUGCAUUGGAAACCCUGCCAUAUAUCAGGACAGUCAUGGCCAAACCCACUAGUUGCUAAGCAGAAAACCAGGGAGUGUCCUGAAAUACAAUCAGCUGUCCACCAGCCAUGUUAUUUGCUAUGGCCCACCAGCUUUUUAUAUCAUCAUUUGGGAACCUGCGCUAUGGCAGAAUUGUAAAUUGCAGGUAAAAGUACUGUAAGACCCAUUUUAAAUAAGCCUAAACCCCAUACCAUCUUUAUAUGCCAAAGGCCUAAUGCCAUGGAGCCUGAUGACCCGUGGCCAUGGUGACUGUGAACUGUGGGCUAGUUGUCCUGAUGGGCAGCCUAAGGGAUGAGCUCUCUGCCUUUGAUCUUCACUCAGCGAUGAUGUGGCAACAUCAAAGCCUCAUGAUGAGGUCUGUGCUGUAUUAAACCCAUUUUAAGAUAGCAUUCAAAACAAAUCCACCGCUAGUAGAAAAUGCCUUUGCCCAUUUCUGUGUUCCUAAAGACAUUAAUGGCACCUAUGACUGCAUACAUAUGGAUUCAGAUUUAUUUUUCUCCAGAUUAUUGGAAAGAAAGAGGAGCCAGUUGAAGACAUGACUUGCAUUCUUUCACUUGUUCCUAGUUCAACAAUGGGUAUUGAUGCCCUCACCCUUCAGACAAUGUAUUUAGCCAAGUUGCAGGGAAUAUCAUUAUUGUAUGUGUACUGUGUGUAUGUGUAUGUGUGUGUGUGUGUGUAAGAUGUCACAGUGUUGUGUUUAUUAAGCUUAAUGUUGAGCUGUAAGGAACCAGUAAUCUUCCUCCUUGCUCUAAAGAAGAAAACCCAUAUUCAUGAGAGAACAAUCCCCAGCUUUCUGCUUUAAAAAAAGAAGAAGAAGCUGGGUUACCCUCCCGCUGUCUUCUUUGGACCAGUUCAACUUCAGAAGUAUCAGGUUGAAAUGUUAUGCUUCGUCAGUUUUUCUUUUUUUAGCAAAACAACACGACCUUGGCUUCUCAGAUAUGGAACACUUCUUCCUUCCUUGGUUAUGGAAUUCUGUCUUGCUGUAUCUUCUAUGCAACUCCUUUUCUAAACACCCCCAGUGGCUGAGGAGUGCUCUCCAGCAGUCCCCUCAUCGCCUUGCUGUGUGGUUGAGGUGAGGGGUACCAGCUUUGGGUGUGCCUCUUUUCUCUCUCUGGUUGCCUCACCCAAUUUUCCUGCCGUCCCCUUGGUUUGUAAACUGCCUGCAUUUACUCUUGUCAGCCAACAUGUACAAAUGUAAGAAAGAAUUUUUAAACAGGUAAUAAAUUAUAUUUAUAAGCAA